AAGCGUUUGUCCAGCUGCGCUCAGCUCAGCACAGUAAUCGUGCCAUCUGUAUUAAUAGAGUGACUCACCGAUCCGUCCGUCUAUCCUACGCUCAACGAGCGUAGGAACAGGCAGAAAAGCACUUCCAUCCAUCCAUCUAUCCAUCCAUCCCAUCCCAUCCAAUCGCACGCAGCACACAAUGUCCAUUUUUUCAAUUUAGCGAUACAUACACCCAUCCUGUUUGUACCGAUCCAUCCGGCCGUCCGGCCGUCCGCGCAUCCACAUCCAUGAGCAAAACGUACAUCGUCUCAGUCGGCGACAAAGGAAAACGACGACAGCUACAUGAGGCGCCAGAUGGCACUCUGUACCUCUCAGCGGGGAACCAAAAGCGGAUCCCUUACGUCUCUUUCCAGCUGACCUACGGUCAGCGGACCCAGUCGUGGCUACCUCUUAUUCGAAGGUCAUUGUCGUAUUCACCGAUGCUUCGGACUCCGGCAAAAGGGAAAAACGCGUUGCAGACAAGCCGCCCGUCCCUCUCCCUCUCCCUCUCCCUCUCCGUGCUAUCCCCUCCCUCCCUCUACCAGCGGACACCACGCAUCGACACACAUGCACUCAUUCAUGCCCUCAUCGAUUCACUCGGCCCUCACAUCCAUCCCAUCCCCCCCCACCCCACUCCGGCUCACCCCUCCCUCCCUCCCUCCCUUUAUCUGUCUAUCUAUCAGCCGACAUCGAUGACCGGUAUGAGUGCAGGGCGUGCAGGGCGCCAUCCCACAUGGCGUCCCAUGAAUCCUCCCUGCCCUCCCCCGUGUGGCUGUCCGACACUCCCACUGCCCAUGGGUCGGUCCUGGGUGGCUGGUGGUGCUGGUGGUGGGGCGAGCAUGGCUGGCGCGUCGAGUGGGCUGCGGAUGGGAGGGAUUGGAUGGACGAAGACGCCAUUGACGAAGACGCCAUCGACGUCGACGCCUCCGUUGCCGAGCGGCUGCCUCUUGCGUUUCUCACCCACGCCGCCACCACCUCUCACACCCGCACCCAUACCUUGCACACCCCAAAUGCCACUCGAUGACGACUGGUACUGGUGCUGGUACUGCUGAGCCGACGAAGUGGAGUACUGCAAGACACUCAGAGGGGGCAGCGGAUGGCUGGUGCUGUUGUGGACCUGCCCGCCCACAGAGGGGCCGCCUCGGGCGGCGCCAUUGAGUGUCUCCCCGACAGCUGGGUUGCUGCUCACGCCGAUGGCCGGUAGGGCGCCGAGCGAGGGGUGACUCGACCGGUGGUUGUGCUGGUGCUGGGGGCGGUGGACGGGCUUGUGUUUGGGCGUGGGCGUCGGCGGAUGGUGAGGCUGGGUGGUGGGGCCGGCCUGCCGCUUGGGAGGGGGCUCGGGCAUGUCCUCCUCAGCCUCCAAAUCGAUGACUGGCGCCAUGCCCCCACCAACACCCACACCCAUGCCCAUGCCCACACCCACACCAAUGCCCUCCCCCUCUCGCUCGGCGCCACCACCCUGACGCUCGCCCCGGCCCAUCUCGCCAACACCUCCACCCAGAGCCUCACCCGCACCCCCGAGGCCCACAGACGCAACCCCGCCGCUGAUGGUGGGUGCCGGUGCUGACGCCUUUGCUCUGUCUGGGUAUCUGAGGGCCAUGAUGGCGUCGAAGCGCGUCUUGUCGUCGGGUGACGGUAGGGUGGCGGUGGCCGCGGUGGCCAUGGCCUCCUGCUGUGGGGGCACCCGAGCCGUCUGGCUGGCUGCAGGGGGGUUGAUGGUGAUGGGAGGGAAGGCAAGCCCCACGCCGCCCCAGGGCAGGCGGAGGUAGCUACCCGUGUCCUGAAGAAACACGUACAAGGAAGGAAGAAUGGACACACAAAUGGAUGGAUGGAUGGAUAGUCUCUCUCAUGUGGAUCUUCGUGUGGGUGUGGGUGGGUGGGCAUCUGCGCACCUUCACGCCGGGGAUGCGGCAACGAAUGCCUGGCGGUGCAGGCCCCCAAAACAAAUCGCCGAAGGAAAUCGGGCCGGUCGUUGGAGCAGGGGCACCGUUGCCGAUGUUGCUCGGUGGCUGGAUGGGCAGAGGCGCGGCAGCAGCAGCGGGGGCCGCACCGGAUGAGGCGCUGGCCACCACCUCGCACCCCAUGGCCUCUUCUCCCUCUCCCUCUCCCUCCCCCGCACCACCACCCCCACCGAGUUCCUCCCCACCAGCACCGAUGGCAGGCUCGGCCACCUGCAGCAGCACGUGCGCCUGGCCAUCCACCGGGGCGGGUGGGGGUGCGACGGUCGCUACGGGCGCGUCGCGCUGCUCGUGCUGCUCCUGCUCAGCCGGGGCCUCCAAUGCCACCUCUCCCUGGUGCUCGCCAACGUCCUGGGCCAUCUCGGCGUCCUUGGCGAUCUCGGCGCCCUCGAUACCCGACACAUCUGACGCCACAACAAAGGAGCGACAGCAGCAACAACGACGUUGAUGGUGACUGGUCAAUGGAUUGGUGUCGUGUGGUGUCUGUGGUGAGAUGACUGACCUAUGUCAUCGGGUUCACACCGGGCCGGCGUGCGAUUGUCGUCAGCAGGGGGCGCAUCGACUACGGGCGCCGGUGCGAGUGGUGGAGGUGCGAGUGCGGGUGCAGCGAUGGGGAGCUGGGCAGGCUGGUUGGUGUUGGUGUUGGGGUGGGGGGGCAGCCCGGGUGGCUGCACUCCGUCGACGAGCUCCAGCUCCUCCUCCUCUACCUCCAGGUCGUCGUCGUCGUGCUCCUCACCCUCACCCUCGCCCUCCUUCUCGCCUGCGUCAUACACACAACCAACAGACAAACAAACAAACAGAUAUCACAUGAGAUGCGAUGGUCACAGUGUGCUUUAGUGUCCCCGUGUGGAUGGAUGGCUGGAUGGAAACCCACCGUUGUCCUCCUGGGCGGCCUCGUCCUUCUUGGCCGGCCGACACUCCUCGCACAGAUACUGAACGAACCAAUGGAGGCAACGAACAAAACCAAACAAACGAGCAAACAGACAGGGAGCGAUGGGGGGAGGGAGGGAGGGAGGGGCGAGAAGGAUUACAGACAUGGAUACAGUGGCGUGAGGUGCAGUGCGUGUGCGUCGUGUCAGCUUGCUCACCUUGGUGCGCCAGCGCAUCGGUCCGGGGCCCUCCAUCUCAGCUACCGACAAACCCGUGAACCUGACCACCACACAGAAAGAAGAAACAGAUGACAGACCCCAACGCACCGGUGAGGACGGUUCGCGUGUGUGGAUGGCAUGUGUGGGUGUAGGUAAAUGUGUGUAUGUGUGUGUGUGGUCAGUUACCGAUGGCCACAUGCCUUGCAUCUGGUGACGAUGAGGUCGUUGGUUGUGCAGCCGAGGACCCGCACCGAGGUGGGCGAGGCCCUGUCCAUCUUCUUGAUCUCCGACUUGGCCACUUUGCCCUCACGGACGAGAUCCUCUACCAAACCUGACCCACCGUCACAACACACACACACAUCCAUCCAUCUGCAUGUUUGGUGCAUGUGUUGGUUGACACGAAUGGUGGGUGACGUACGCUUGUAGAGCUCGCGACCGGUCUCCUCGGCGUUGAGCUCCAUCCGCCACACCAGUGCACAUGGGUGCCACCUGCACACAGACACACAGACAGACAGACGCAGACACAUAGACGACCAUUUCUGUCACCCAUUUGUGUGCACGUGUGUUGUGUUGUGUUGGCUCACUUGGCCACUCCGAUGAGCUUGCCGCACUUGCAUGGCUUGGCCUUGAGCGCCUUGGCCAGCCACAUCUUGACGCACACCUCGUCGUAGGGGAGGAAGUUGACGGCCUCCGUCAUGUUAAACCUGCACAUACAUACACACACACACACACGGGCAAACACAUAGAAGACAGAGACAGACAGCCUCAUUGGAUAAGUGGUGGACAGAUGGAUGGAUGGAUGGAUGAACGGAUGGAUGUGCGUGAGUACCCGAGGUUGAAUCCCUCGUGGUAGGCGCCUGGCAGCGUGACGACAAAGUCUCCCUCCUCCUGAACUAUGCUGCACUCGACACACGACGCACCACCCACUCGACAGACACAACAAUUAACCCAUGCACGGACGGACGGACGCACUCAUUCCUCUGGCCUCCCUCCCUCCCUCCCCAUAGCUCACCGGUAUACGGGGAUGCCGGCCUCGAUGAGGAUGCGGGGGUGGAUGAGGAUGGCCUUGUGCCGGAUGUACUCACCGCUGAACAUACCAAACAAACAGACAGACAGCCAACCAUGCGCAGACAGACAGACAGACAGAGAGAUGGAUGGAUGGAUGGUGUGUUGCCUGGCUGGUUGGCUGGCUGGCUGGUUGGUUGGCUGACCACCGAGCGAACUCCUCGGGCAGGUGCGAUUUCGCCAACUCGUCCACGGCCCCGCUGAACGCGGCAGGCACCACAUACCACACCCUAACAGACAGACAGACAGACAGACAGAUUGUGUGUAUGGUUGUGUUGCCGUGGUGGUGUUGUGGUUGUGCGUACUUGGCCUUGCCCAUGUGCCAGCCCUUAUGACUGAAGUUGAUCGACGGCAAAUCCAAAUCCUGACACACAAGCACACACAGACAGACAGACAGACAGAGAGAGAGACGAGGGGGAACACUCCAUUCAUCCAUCCAUCCACAUGGCCUCCCCACCCUCUCCCUGUCCACCGACUCACUCACCUCUUUGUGGAGGCCAAAGGCCGAACAGAACUUGCCUGAGUGACCGCAGAAACAGCACCAGAGACGCUAACGGCUCUUCCCUCCCUCUCCGUCUGUCUGUGUGUGGUGUGGUGUGAUGUGAUUUGUGCUGUGUAGUUGUGUCCUACCGAGGUAUGAGUAUGGCGUGUUGAUGCCGGCCAUGUAGGGCAUGAGGCGCACGGCGUUCCCCAGGAAGAGCCCCAGGUUGAGCCCCGGGCACUUGUCGAUGCCGUCAAACAUCGUCUUGUCGAGGUUGUCCGCGUAGUACCGAUAUCCGCACUUGCCGCUCGUAAACUGAAUGAAGCCAUGCGUCCGUCCACCACACAUAACACACAAGACAACACCACAAUAACACAACACAACACAACACAACACAACACAAGACAGCACGGUAGCACCACACCACACCAGUUCCUCAGUGCAUGUGUGUACCAGGUUCCAGACGUUCUUCUCGGUCUCGGGGUUGAAGGUGCUGGUGAUCGGGAAGGGCGUCGGGCCGUCGGCCAUGUCCAUGAACCUCUUGGCCUUGAACCUGCAACACACAUCCACACACACACACACAACGCACCGACACAGAUGGAUGGAUGGAUGGAUGGGCGUCGCAUCUCGUGGUGUCCAUCCAUGCAUCCACACGUCGAUGCGCGCAUGGUGCUUACGUCCUCUUGUCAUUCCGCAUCUCGAUCUGCAUGAUGCCCUCGGCCGCGCCACGCCGCUUGACCACUGUACGCCCACACACAACACACCAAAACAACACCAAUACAACACAGAUCCUCUCUGUUUGUAUGUGCGAGCGGCCAUCCAUCCAUCCAUUCACUGACCCUUCUGGCGGGUCUUGUGGGUCACCCUAAGCUUCUCGAAGAACGCUUUGUCGAACCCCUUGGCGGACGAGCGAAACUCAGGGGCUGGCCGCAACUGCACCACCAUACACACACAGACAGACAGGCACAGACGCACCCCCGUCCGCAGCCCCACAGCCCCACAAUGGUGGUCAUGGCUCUGCCUGCCCGUGUCUGUCGUGUGACUUAUCCAUCCAUCGCUUUUGUCGUGUGUACCAGGAGGCCGCCCUGCUUCUCGCCCUUGAUGAAGAGUUCCCGCCACUUCUCGGGGGUGAGGUUGCCAUCUGCCGGGAUGGGCGUCGCCUUGAUGUCUAUCACCUUCUUCUGCCAGCUGCACACAUCACAACACGACACCAGGAAGCGCUAUGCCUUCCCAGCAGUGCAGCCGCAUAUCCCCUGUGCUCCUCUCACUCUUCGAGCUCAACAGCCGCCGCAGGCUGUCCAUCCGACGCACCAGGCAUCGCUACCUGCUACCCACCAGCAGGAAAGGACAC